AUGGCCACAUCAGAAAGGCAGAAACUCGCCAUGGGAGUUCCCUUCUUCACCGAGCACGACGGCUCCCCCAUCAUCGAAGACACCAGAAACAAAACCAGCACAAAGACCACCGGCCAGCUGCCUCCCACUGCCGAGUUUAGCAAGCCCCUCCCUACGCCGACCGGAGAGAACGCGCUUUCCGAAUUCAUCACCUUCGUCGAGGACCAUGGCGUGAGUGAGCAAGCACCCGAAACGCCGGGCGACCGCGGUCACGGGGAUGUCGCGCUGGGAAGCCCAUCGCUUCCUCUCGGGAACAGUAGGCCGUACGACUAUGGCAAGUCGCAGAUCUUGUCAGAAAUUGUUGGCAGCCAGUUUGAUCUCAUGACAGAGGGGGCGGAAGCGGGCAGCCACCGGAAGUCGAAGACAGAGUUCAAUUCGAUUCCUGAAAACAUCGUCCUCGCCAACCUGGACAUGGCCAGGGGCCCUGAUACGAGCUCCCAGGCUCACCGGAGGUCGUCUACCGAGUUCAACCGGAUCGUGUCUGCAAGCAGGUGGCCGUCCUCCUAG